CUACGUCUCUAACUAACUUCCGUUAGAGAAGAAGAAGAAGAAGCCCCGGAAGCAGGCGAUAGUAGCAGCCAGCGUUAGCAUCAGCUGUUCGGCAGGAAAAAAAUCAGUCAGGUGUUGUUAUUCUGAGAUUCUGAUGUUUAGAACUACACACCUUAAAACUGCUGUGGAACUACACCUGCCAGUUGCUAAUAGGAGAGGAAACACACUGACGGGUCUGCAGAGUUCUCAGGGUCUUCAGAGUCCUCAGUGUCUCUGAUGAUAUGAGCAGCUCUGCUCAGAGGAAGAGGAGGACCACGGGGAGUCCUCUGGUUUCCAGACCCAGCACCAAGACCAGCAGAUCGGCUAACGCUAGGAGGACGGCUAACGCUAAUAGAGCAGCUAACAGGACGGCUAGCAGGACAGCUAGUGUAAGCAGGAUGCCUGAUGGUGACACUGCCCCCCGCACAGAGACCAUCGAUGUGAUGGACAACACUGAGGACAGUGUGGAGGAGGUGGUGGAUCUGACCUGUGAAGGAUCAGAAGCUGCUGUGGUUGACCUCACAAACAACGACUCAGUACUGCUGGUGGACGAAGGUCCUCAGAACAGGCGAGUCCCAACAGGUGAGAGUUACAUCGUCAGCAGUGAUGAAGACGAGGACACACCCCCUGUCCUCAAGGCAGCCAUGGUGUCCUCUGUACACACCUCCAGGUCGACUCCGGGGAUGGUCAGCUGUCCCGUCUGUCUGGACUCAUAUUCUGAGAUCAUCGACAGCGGCCGAUUGGUUGUUUCCACUAAAUGUGGUCACGUGUUCUGCAGUCAGUGUCUAAGAGACGCUUUGACAUCAUCACACACCUGUCCUACCUGCAGGAAGAGACUCACCCACCGCCAGUACCAUCCCCUCUACAUCUGACAUCACUUUGACAUUACCACAAACCUUAACUGCUGUUGGACGACAUAUUUCCAGUAACAUCAUCAGAUGUUUUUCGCUGCUCAAACUUUUUUAUUAUUUCAGGUUUUUUUUUUUUUUUUUUAAAUCAGAAACAUGAAACCUUGAGUCAGAGUUGAUUGAUUAUUGCUUGAUAAUUGAUAUGUUUUCGUUCUUCAGUUUUCAACUCAGACUUGUGUUUACGUCUCUGAUCGUCUCUUUAAAUGUUAAUUUUCUCAUGCAAUUCCUUCAUGUGUAAAAGUAGAAAUAAAUUCUAUUGAUUUCUGUGAAAACA